GAAGAGGACCAGUCGUCAGGAGACGAGGAUGGUGGUCUGGACUGGACGAAAUUACCGUCUAGCACCAGUACUGCACGUCCAGUAAUUCCAAAACGAGGAGAAAAGGAUUUCGAGCCUACAUCCGCUGGUGGGUCAGGCCUUCAACUGCAUGUUUUGGAUCGGUCUAGGAACGCCAUGUUCGGUGCUCUCAGAGCCACCCGAACCAUUGCAAACAAGUCAAUCAGCUACGCUGUGUGGUAUCCCGAUAUUGCGAGAGCACACGUUACAGUAGCGCGAGGUAUUCAUUUCACAGCAAUGGGACACUCUGUUGCGCGACAGAAUGCUGCAGAAGACGGUAGCUCAAAGUUGCAAAAAAGGCUCGAGCUACUUCCAGAAGAGGCACUCUAUCUGGUCGAGAGGGGAGCUAUGCUUUGUUUCAAACAAACUCAGGCAGAUAUAACUGGGAUGGAUGAUAUCGAGGGUGCACCUAUGAGCGUACAACAAGCCUUUGCCGAGAUGAUUGGCCAAGAAGACCUUUCGUUGGAAAAAUACCAGGUCUUUGCCUAUUUUCGGCGUCUGGGCUAUGUUGUCACUCGGUCAGAACCCCCUACGUCUGCCUAUCCGGCCCCCCCGCCUCUUCAAGUCCAGAAAGCAGUUUCUCCCUCUGUCUUUCAAAGACUUUACUCUCUUUUCCCAUUGUUUAUAUCGAGAUUCUCACGAAUUUGGAGAAGAUCGUUUGAUUGGUGGAGGCCACUUGGCCUCGGCCGAUGGAUAUAUUACGACAUGAAAUACGCGACAAUUUUCCGCUCUCUGCGCUUCAUACCGUCAGGUCACUCCGUCCCGCCAAAAUCUACUGAACCUAGACCCGUAACCAAAUCCUCGCCAUACAAGAUUUUUUACAACAUCUACAAGCCUUCAACAUCUUUCCGCAAGACGGCACCGCCACCUCCCGAUUUUUUCGUUGUGGUAGUAGACGCUCGGUCUACUGUGAUGCCUUCUCUGCAUGAGUUGACGGCGUUGUUCGAUGUCCUCCCCGAGACGCCUCCUCCAUUACCCCGACAAAGGGGCGUGCCUUCUGCUAAACCGCCAAACAUCAAUGCUCCAGCGUCCAAUUCUCCCUUGGCUCCUACUCUCCAGCCUCCGUCGUUAUCCCUGCGACGAAUGUUCCGAUGGAUGUUGCCAUCCACACCAGCACCUCCAUCAGUCAGUACCCAACAGCAAAAGCCAAAUCCCUUCGCAGCUCUGAAAGCUGGAAAAAGGAGCGCGGUUAUAGCAGCUGUAGACGCUGGUAACAUCAGUUUCUUCCGAUUCAGCCAAGGCGCAUUCGAGGAAUGGCCUAUGAUCUGAGUUUCUCGUAUCUUGUUGCGUUCAGUCACACAGUCAGACACGAUACGUGUAUAGCUUACUAAACUUAUUUUCUGAUGUACAAAAAAAAAACUGUUCUACU